CCAUGAAGAGAUACCUACCGACAGUGCUGAUACUGGUAGAGCUACUGGUUGUAGCGUGCAGUGUUGGGAAGGAUGCUGCUGAAAGGGAGGCGGUGGAGCGGGAGGCUGUUGCCGUGGUAACGGGCGGUUUGAACACAGUUGUCGUCGUCAAAGAGUCUCCUCCAACAUCAACAGAGAUUCCGUUAACUACAGUUAUAGCGUUGGAAUCGCUAAUCUUUCUGGAGCAACCAGAAGAUAAGGAUGUGAAUGAGAACACUGCUGUACGACUAGCAUGCAGGGUCCAGGAGGUGCAGGGAGCCAGCUAUGUGUAUGAGUGGUUCGUUUCCCCGGACCUCAGAAACAUCCAGAUGCACGAAGAUAACAAGAUAUCAGGAGCUGACGGUCCGGAGCUAUUUAUCUCCUCAGUACAGUCCCACCACGCUGGACAAUACAUCUGUACUGUUACUGUUCAGGGGACGAACUUUACUGUUAUCAGCAAUACUGGCCAACUCAAGAUAAACUACUACGAUGGACCGAGAGAGUCAAUAGAUUUCGGGGACGGUAAGAGAGUAUCCGUACAGAAGAACAAGGAUUACCAGUCCCUCUCAUGCAUUCUACCUGAAAGUUACCCCAAAAUUGAGGCUGUAUGGUACAAAAACGGUGAAAAAAUAGCAGAUGAACGACGAAUGUUCAUUCUCCCCCGAGAAACUUACUUUGGAAGACAAAAGAUAUUCGGAGGGGCUCUCAUAAUCAUGUAUAUUGACCGGGAAGAUAAGGGGGUGUACGACUGUAAAACAACUUAUAACGGUACUGAGUACUUACUACAGAGAUAUACCCUGCGCGUUGUCGGAGAGGUUCAAGCGUCCAACCUGAUAAAACCGAGUAAUAUAGUGACGGUGGACGGGGAGAGCACGUACGGAGGACAGGCUACUCUAUACUGCUCCGGUAUUGGCAAACCAGCACCUCGUAUAUCCUGGAAUAAGAUGGAUGGUUCCAGAGUAGAAACAAGCGAGAAGUUCCUGCUCCAAGACAACAGAAGACGACUUGUGAUUACAAAUGUUAACAGUGAUGACGGUACAUCUUACACCUGCUCUGUGACUGUCGGAACCUUCCACAGGGGUGCUGGCAAGAAAACUCAGAUUGUUAGCAUGGAUAUAAUUCCCCCGGUCUCAGCUCAGAUUACAUUUGUAGAGCAGCCCAAGUCUCAGAUAAUCUUUACAAACAGAUAUCCUACAUUCUCUCUCAAGUGUUCUAUCAACCUGGCCGAGUUUAUUGGUGUAGAAGGAAGUAUGAUGCCAGUACUUUACUGGUUAAAGAACGGUAACCAGUUGGGCUUCUCUAGUCGGAGAAAGUCCACAACCAGACAAGACUCAGAGACCAAUGUGUUGGAGAGCUCGAUAGAGUUUGUUUCUCCGAAUGAGAGUGAUUUAGGAAUAUAUCAGUGUAUUGCACGAGGCAUAACACAACUGAGACAAGUAACAGCUUACGUAAACGUGAGGAGCACUGAGGGGGACUACAAUAUGGAGGUGGUGGAACCUAAAUAUGACUUUAUCAGCGUUCCUAUGACUGUGUCGGCAGCCGAAGAACACUGUAGGUCCUGGAUGACAAACGGUCAUUUAGUGAGUAUUAUGAGCAGAAAAGAGGCGGAUACUGUCACCCGACUUCUCAAACAAGAGAAUAUAGAGCAAGCCUGGAUAGGACUAACUUGUGAACGGUACUCUGGCACCUGGCUCUGGACACAACCUGCCGACGAUUCCAGCAAAUUCAGUUUCUGGGCUGAAGAGAACCCUGAUAACCUGUACGCGGGUGAAGAGUACGCUAUAAUGGACACAAGUCUGGAGGGUCGGUGGCUGGAUGUCCGACUGGCCGAUAAAAAGUAUCCCUUUGUGUGUAAACAGUACACCAAGACGUGUCCUAGUAUUAGAGAGUAUUACAGUGGUAAACUUGAACCGCUUAAUAAAGUUGAAAGUAAAGAUACACGAUAUGGGGUCGGAGAGAGUAUAACUGUAACCUGCGUUGAUCGAACGGUUCAGAUCAAAGAAACUUUAACUUGCACUACGUCGGGGAAAUACUAUCCUGACGAGGGUUUCGCCUGUCCCGUCUACAGUUCUGCUCCUUCACAAACAUUUUCAUCAUUUAUUCUCCUAGUGUCGGUUAUUAGCAGGUUAAUUAUCAGAUUGUCCUGAAAUUAUUAGCUGUCUGUAUUAUAGGUUCUGCUUUUCUAUAGCAGGGAACUGUUUUGUAUCAUCUUUUUAAUCAGAAACGAAAUGAUAGUAAAUUGUGGGUCCCGCACUGUUGGGGACGAUUGUAAGAUAUUUAUUCAGAGUUUUGAUGUCGAAGAAAUAAAUUGUGAUGAUGUGAUGCCAUUUGGUGAUUGAGCUCUCAUUUCCGAAAAUAAGACAUAUCAAACUGCCAGACUUGCCAACUGGAAUCAUAGUUUUCAGCGUGUAUGACAGUUUAAAACUGGAUCGGACACGAUGCAACAAUUGGCUCUGAAAACCCGUUUACUGUACUUCGAACCUUGAAACUGAAGGAGGACCGAGAUAAUGUUCACACAAGCCAUGCCCUUAUUUGGGUAUCACGUGCCAUGUAGAAGUUUUAAUAUUUACAGAUUUCCCUCUAAAUUCAUAUUCAUGAGAUUUAAGCAGCGAGCUUUUGUAAACAGACCUUUUGAAUUUCGAACUUGCGUAGAUUCCGUAAAGCCAUGCCCUUAUUUGGGUAUCACGUGUCAUGUUCCCUAAAGUUACAUUAUCUUGAUCAUAAUACAGAGUUCUCAGUUCAAAAAGAUUGGAGAGCAUUACAUACUGCAUACUGCAUAGUCCAGUAUUGAUAAAUUGGCGAAAUUUCCAAUAAAAAUCAUCUGUUUUUUAUAUAAUGAUAAGAAUGAAUAAGAAUGAUCUCAAAUACUUUUGACAUUCAGAUUGUAGGUUCGAUGAUUAAUUAAUUUUAAUGUUACCUCAUUUUUAUCGAAUUCCUAAAAAAUAUUUAUUUGAGUUGUAUCCACCAAUUAGUAUAUAUGUACAAGUUUAAUUCACCUGGGCCAAUUUGAUGUUAACAUGUAACGACAUUAGAUUUAAUUUCUAUUUCGUUAUAUUUUUAACGUAGACCUAAUUUACUGUAAAACGGUUACAUUUGGUCACAACAUCUCAUUUUACAUUAUUCAUUUAGCUGACAUUUUAUUUAAAUUUGUUGACAUUUAUUCUAUUACAGUAGAAUGUCUUUUCGAGUGAUUAAUAGAUGUGGAUACUGGCGGGGAGGUGAUAAUUGUUUGUUUACAUUAAUAGUGAGCACAUGUUAAGCAGGCUGAGGAGGUGAUAAUUGCUAGUUUACAUCUAAGUUUACAUCAGUAAUUACAAUUUUAAUUACAAAGAAGUUAACGAGUGAACGAUCGUUUCUUCAGAAUUUUCAAGGAAUUCAUAAAUUUUUAUUUUUAAAGAGCACACUCUGUGAAUGUAAUCAGGGAUCCUGGACAUUAAAUUAAAGUGGAAUAUUAAACUAUUUUUAUUGAUUAAUAUAUUGAUCUGUAAAUAAUGAUAACUUAUUCGUACGAAGUGGAUUUUGUUUACAAACGCAAA